GUAGUUCCUGGCCUUACCCCCGCAGAAUGUCACGCAUGCGCGACUCAGAGCUAACCCGAGAAGUUCGUAGCCUUUGUCAGGCCUGGGAUGGGAGGUCCCACGUGAUCUGAGCGGUGCUCUCCACAGAGCCCAAGAGGGAAGAAGUCCUUCGAGGCUCCAUGGACUGCUGACUGCGUGAACCAGAGAAAAGCGGGACCUUGGGGGCAUGGAAGAGGUGGUGAUCAUGGAGACGGGUUUGGCUGAAGUGCCCCAGAAAAGAGCUCUGUCUUCCCAGGAUUCUCUUUCCCAAGAGAAAAGUGCUGAAGGAGACGUGGCUGCUCUGAGACUCACAGCCAGAUCCCAGUAUAUUUGUGUCUUAGGAAACCGUGACAUUCAAGGAUGUGGCCAUGGACUUUACACCAGAGGAAUGGGGGAAACUGGAUCCUGCACACAGGCGGGUGAUGCUGGAGAACUACAGGAACCUGGUCUCACUCUGGCUUCCCAUUUCCAAACCUGAUACCUAUAAUUCAGAAGAUGGGAAAAAACGGUUGAAGCUUGAAAAGUCUCGCAAGUGCAGUGACUCAGACGUGGAAACCAGACCUGAGAACAAGGAGUCAACUUCAGUGCUAAACUUUUCCAAAGAAGAGUCAGACAGACUGACACAAAACACUGCUUCUGACUCCGACGUGGAAAGUGCUCUUGAAUGUGAGCCAUGGUUAAAGCAUCAGCAAGGAAAUGUGGAGAAGCACCCAAGGCAAAUGGCCGCUCACAGAAACUCCCUCCCUGUGGGAGAAGAUAGGGAACAUGAUGUCUAUUGGAAAAGCUUCAGUCAGAAACCUCUCCUUAUGCCUGAUGAUGGAGACCCCAAAGGAUCCUGUGACUUUCAUAUGCUUGGGAAAAGACUGAAGCAGAAAUCAAAGUUAAUGAAAAAGCAGAGACCUUAUAAAGAGAAAAAACCUCAUAAAUGUGAUGAGUGCGGUGAACUCUUCACGUAUCGUUCAGUACUUAUCCGACACCAGAGAGUUCACACUGGAGAGAAGCCCUAUAUCUGCAGUGAGUGUGGGAAGUCCUUUAGCCACAGAGCCAAUCUAACUAAACACCAGAGAACCCACACUAGAAUUCUCUUCGAGUGUGGCGAGUGCAAGAAAACCUUCAUAGAAAGUUCAUCCCUUGCAGUACAUCAGAGAAUUCACAUUGGGGAGAGACCUUAUGAAUGCGGUGAGUGUGGGAAAGGCUUUAACCGAAGUACUCACCUUGCCCAGCAUCAGCUGAUUCAUACCGGGGUGAAGCCUUAUGAGUGUAACGAAUGUGACAAAGCUUUCAUUCAUUCAUCAGCUCUCAUUAAGCAUCAAAGAACUCAUACUGGAGAGAAGCCCUAUAAAUGUCAAGAAUGUGGGAAAGCCUUUAGCCACUGCUCAUCUCUUACAAAGCACCAGAGAGUUCACACGGGAGAAAGGCCAUAUGAGUGUAGCGAGUGUGGGAAGACCUUUAGUCAGAGCACACACCUCGUUCAGCACCAGAGAAUUCACACUGGAGAAAAGCCCUACGAAUGUAAAGAAUGUGGGAAAACAUUUAGCCGGAGCUCAAAUUUUGCAAAGCAUCAAAGAAUUCACAUUGGCAAGAAACCCUAUAAGUGUGGGGAAUGUGGGAAAGCCUUCAUUCAUUCAUCAGCCCUUAUUCAACACCAGAGAACUCACACGGGAGAGAAGCCUUUUAGAUGUAAUGAGUGUGGGAAAAGCUUCAAGUGCAGCUCAUCCCUCAUCCGACAUCAAAGAACCCACACUGAAGAGCAAUCCUGAAAAUGUACUGAGUGUUACAUGAAGGUUGGCUUUGUCACUGUGUCUAAUAUUUGAAUGUUGAAAUAGAGGACCAUAGUGUGACCCUGG